CAUGGAGAAAGUGGUCGUGCUUUGUCUGCUGUUGGUGGAGCUCAGCUCGUCUUUUACUCAAGAAACACAGAUAUACUUCAAAGAGGGCAACAGUCUGACGUUGUACUUGAGGCCUUUUCCUUCCAAAAGUAUCACCAGCAUCCUCUGGAUGUGUAACGUAGAUUGUUGUGAAAGUAUGUAUUACUACAUAGCCACAGCCACCCUGGAUAUACACACUGGACGUUUGAUGAUCAAGAACAUGACCAAAGCUGACGAGGGUGUGUAUUCAGUGGAGAUUAACAACAAGGUCCAAGGUGAGACAUAUAAAGCUGUAAUGAUCAAACACGUUCCCAAGCCGGAAGUGAGGGUCUCCCCUCUGACAGCCAGAGGCCCUUGUAAGCUGACCUGUGAAGGGGACACCACCGGGGCCGGACCCGUCACCUACAGCUGGAAGACGGGGGACGGAGAGUGGAAAGAGUUGCAGAAGGACAUCAUCGAGGAAGUGCAUGGACACGUGAAAACCUUCACCUGCAGGAUGAAGAACCCAUUAAGUGAGGAAGAAAGCCAUGCCCGCACGAUUCUCUUCGUCCCAGGAAAAUCAGCAGACUCUGGACUCUGGAUCAAAGUGUUAGGGGCUGUGAUCAAAUCCCUGGCUAUCUUCGCCCCGCUGGGGGCCAUGGUGUAUGCGUUGUCGAGGAACCAAGAGACUCUCAGAAAACGGAUGUGUCCAUGCCAGAGCAAAAAUAGUGAUUAUGUAAAUGAAGCUUAA